AAUCACGCAAAUGUAAUGUCAAGUACAACAAAGGCGGGAGAACAUUGCACUCAGAAUGAAAACACACUUUCUCUCUCUUCUCAGUUUUUCCCCUUUUUGAUCCAAAAAAAAAAAAUAACCCAGUAUAACAAACUCACUCUUCUAAAAACCCUCUUCAAUCUUAACUUAUUCUCUCAAAUUCACCAUACUUUGUUAACAAUGGCGAAUAACCCAGAAAAAAUAGUCGCCGAUAUCGGCCAUAAACUUGCUCAGCAAUCUCGUCUCACCAAAGAUUUCCUCGUUAAAUCACUUCGCCAAGCUGCAAGUGCUUUAUUGGACCUUGAUCAGCUUCCGUCACUAAAACCUUCAAUAAGGCCACUGAGUCAGUCUCUUGUAAAGCAUGGACUGGUUCAUCAUAAAGACAAAGAUGUCAGACUACUAGUUGCUGUUUCUUUCUGUGAAAUUAUUCGAGUCCUUGCACCUGACCCUUCAUUUGAGGAUAAAGUUUUUAAGGACAUUUUCGAGCUUUUUGUUAACAUAUUUACGGAGCUUCCUGAUACCACAAGCCCUUAUUUUUCAAGAAGAGUUAAAAUAUUGGAGACCGUUGCAACACUGGAAUGCUGUCGUCGGAUGCUGGAUCUGGAUUGUGGUGAUUUAAUUCUUAAAAUGUUCAGUACAUUCUUCUCUGUUGUAAGAGAGGAACACCAACAAAGCUUGAUUAACAGCAUGCUGUCAAUCAUGUCACUUAUAUUGAAUGAAGAAGAAGCUCCUCUGCCACUUCUGGAGCUGAUUCUACGGAAUUUAAAAAACAAGGAAGAGGGUCCUGCUCAUGCUUCCUAUCGUCUUGCUGUCGCUCUACUUCAAAACUGUGCAGAAACUAUCAAGCCCGCUGUCUGUGGACUUAUAAUGUCAUGCAUUUCAGAUAGAGAGAGUGUGAUAAGUGACCUGAAAGAAUGUUACCAUGAAAUGAUAUUUGAAAUCUUUCAGUGCAUACCACAUAUGCUUCUUGCAGUCAUCCCAAAUUUAGCUCAAGAGUUAGUGACCGAUCAAGUGGAUGUCAGGAUAAAGUCUGUUAAUUUAAUUGGAAAACUUCUUGCACUGGUCCAAGAUCAUGGUAUUCAAGAACAUCAUUACUUAUUUGUUGAGCUUCUGAAAAGGUUUUCUGACAAAUCAGCUGAUGUCAGAAUCAGUGUUAUACGUGCUGUUAAAACAUGUUACAUGGCUAACCCAUCUGCAAUCGAAACACACAAAAUUCUCUCUUCCCUUGAAGGCCGUCUACUGGAUUUUGAUGCCAGUGUAAGGACAGAGGCAAUUGCGGCUGUUUGUGAUUUGGCCAAGUUUAGCUUGAAAAACUUUCCAGAAGCUCUAAUAGCCCGGGCAACUGAUAGACUUCGUGACAAGAUGACAUCAGUAAGGAAGGAGGCACUGAAGAAGUUGCUAGAAGUUUACCGUGAGUAUUGCACCAAGUGUAAUGAAGGACAAAUGGCUCUUAACGCAUCUUAUGAGCAAAUACCCUGUAAAAUACUGGUGCUCUCUUUUGAUAAAAGUUUGAAAGAGUUUUGGCCCCAAAACUUGGAGCUUCUGCUGGCAAUGGAUUUCUUUCCUGCAUCUCUUCCAGGGGAUGAUAGGAUGAAGCAUUGGAUCUACCUGUACUCAACUUUCACCCCUGCUCAUGUUACUGCACUUAACAUGAUAUUAUGUCAAAAAAGAAGGUUUCAGACAGAUAUGCAAAGCUACUUAUCCCUUCGGUCGAAAUCACAGGAAAUUGAUGUUGAAGAGGUGGAUGUGAGAAUAAAAAGUGCUUUCAUGCGAAUAUCAGCAGCAUGCCCUAAUGUCAAAGCAGAAGAAUCUUAUCUUGAUGAUAACAUUUUGUUUCAAUUGUCCCAACUGUUGGAAGAACAAGAACUUUCAAGUGCAGAGGCUUUGAGGGACAAAUUUUUAAAAGACAUUGGGGAUAAGCAUCCUCUUUUUAGGUUUUUGAAACUGCUCUCUUUGAGAUGUUCAAACAACAUAUUUUGUUCUGAGCAUGUCCGGUAUAUCUUGGAUUAUGUUUCUGGCAACAGAUGCAGAGAUACACAUCAGAAGGAAUCUUCUUUCAGCCUUCUCUCAGAUAUUGUCAGAAACUUCCCGAAACUUUUGAGGGGUUCAGAAGAACAAUUUAAACUGCUGAUACUAGAGGAGGAUUCCCUGUUGUGUGGGAAGUUACUUCAGUUGUUAGCAAAAGUUGGUCCGUUUAUCACUAUGGAACUCAGUGAAAUCUACCCGUUGCUGGAGAGGUUGUGCCUGGAGGGGACUCGUGCUCAGUCCAAGGCUGCUGUAUCAGUUAUCGCUGCAUUACUUGGUCCCUCCGAACAUCCUUGGGUGGAGUUGUGCCAGAAACUUUUGAAAUCACUUCAUAGUGGCCUGAACCUUCCCACUGUACUGCAGUCUUUGGGCUGCAUAUCACAACAUGCUGUCGUGGAAUUUCAGAAACAGGAGAAUGAAAUCUUAUCAUACAUCCGGGAAAGAAUUUUCAAGAACAAAGCGUGCAGCGGUGUUGUUGUGGUAGAUGAGAAAACCGGAAGCAAUGUCUCCUUCCAUUGCAAGUUGAAAAUAUAUGGACUCAAAACACUGGUCAAGAGUGUUUUACCAAAGAAAGGAAGUAAUGGGAGGGUACAAAUCAGUGACCUAUUAAAUAUUUUGUCUAAAGUGCUACUAGCGGGUGAUUUUCCUGAUGCUGCAACAGCAUGUGAAAAUGACAAGGCUCACAUUAGAUUAGCAGCUGCUAAGUCUAUUAUGCGGCUUUCGAGACGGUGGGAGAUGCAUAUUUCACCCCAUAUUUUCCAGUCAACUAUUCUGAUGGCAAAGGACACGUCAUCUUUUGCACGUGAAGCAUUUCUUGAUAAAACUCACAAGUUGCUGAAAGGGCGUGCUGCCUCAAGUAAAUUUGCUUGUGCAUUUCCUUUGGCUGCAGCUGACUCUGUCAUAGAUCAACAAAAGUCAUUGAAUUAUUUGAUAGAGUUCAUCAAGGAAAAAAACAAAGCAGCUCUUACCUGCUCUGCUCCAGGCAAAGAAGAAUCAAUGACAGAUAGCCCAGCAUACAUAGUGGUGUUCUUGCUCCACAUUCUUGCUCAUGAUGCAGGAUUUCUACAUGUAAACUCUGACAAUGAAGAACAUACUGCUCAGUUUUGCAGGCCACUUCUUCUGCUUUUGCAUGUGUUGGUUAACUCUCAAUUUGUUGAUGUCAACAAAAACUUUCUGUAUCUGAGAAGUAUUUUUCGGGCCAUCAGAAGAGCAGAGGAUGUAAUAGAUCCUGAAAAAACGCCUAAGCUGCAUAUGUUAGCAGAAAUUGGAAUGUCAGUUUUAAAUGCUACUAAACCGGAUAAAGUUGAUUUGUCCGGUGCCCCCGGACUGGUUCUUCUUCCAUCAUCGCUAUAUAAAACUUGCGAGACAAGGAGAACUAACGAGGAUAAUUGCUUUGCAGCACCGGUCAAUGAAGAUUUUCUUAAAAAGCUUGUUCAAGUCUUUGAAUGUGAUUUCGAACAGUUGUUCAGCUCGACUGUAAAGCGCAAUCGAAAAUAUCUGAAAGACAAUUUGCAAGGACAGAAUGUUUUUGCGUUACCCAUGUCUAAGCAAGUUGAAGUGUCAAAAAAUACGAUGAUAGACAAAAAGGUUUCCAGGGAAGAGAUGGCCUCAACUUGUGUCCUUGAAGCAUGUCCCAAAGGAAGACAACAAAAUGGAAUAGUCAACUCUUCUGUUGCGCACUUGCAAGUUGGUUCAUCAGUUAUUGAAGAAGUUCACGCAGAUGGUUCUGGAGAUAUUGCACAUUUACGAGCAAAAGAACAUCAGCUUGAUUCUGAAUCUGCAAAUUUGGAGCUCUUUGGCAUUGAAUCAGAUAUUUCUUCACAAGAGGUUGAUGUUUCAUUGGCAGUUUCACCGCAGAGAGAGAGGAAAAGGAAGAAAAUCUGCGAUUUUACAGAAAAUCUGGAUUACUAUGAAACAAAUAUCAAACAAAGUUGCAGCUCAGACGGGUCAACUGUUUCCUUUUUCCGGCAACGCGGUCCCAAAAAACAGUGCUCUAAUGUCAACAGAAACAGACUAGCCACUGUUUCAGGAGAAGGUGGUGCUAAAACACAAGGAUCAGGAACAAGUCAGCGGACAGUUUUGUUAGAUAGAACAAACUCAUUACCAGUAAAAGGCUUGCAGAAACAUUCUCAGCAGAAAAAGAGUUGUUUGGGGCUUAAAGUAUCGCUAGACACAUCAGAUUCUGGUGUUUCUCAUGAGAACAAGGACUCAAUUGCUUACAGAACCCGAAGAAGGAAAGUUUAACUUAGGUUUCCGUUACACUAGCAUUAAGCGCCUUGUGUUCCUGAACUUACUGCAUAAUUUAUGACAUGUAUAAAUUCUGUGAAGCUAA